CUUUUCCCACAUCAAUCCUACUAUUAAACCCCCUUCUCCCUCCAUUAACAAAAACCGGGUCUCUCUCUCUCUCAACACUAAAUCUAAAUCUAAAUCUUUCAAUUUCUGUAAUUUCUUACAAAACUUUCUCCAUUCAAUCCAUCAAUCCUCCGCGGUUUCAACCAACCCAUUUUCAAUGGCAACUGACGACAGCACACCCGGAUCUGGAUCCACCACCGUGAAUGGCGAUGCCACAGCUCCACAGAAGCGCAAAAUAGCAUUGAUCACCGGCAUAACCGGCCAAGACGGUUCCUACCUGACGGAAUUCCUUCUCAACAAAGGGUACGAGGUUCACGGGUUGAUCCGUAGAUCAUCAAACUUCAACACACAGCGAAUAAACCACAUAUAUAUAGAUCCACACAAUACCCACAAGGCUCGCAUGAAGCUACACUACGCUGAUCUGUCAGACGCGUCCUCUCUCCGGCGAUGGCUGGAUACUAUUAAUCCUGAUGAAGUCUAUAAUCUCGCUGCACAAUCACAUGUUGCUGUCUCAUUUGAAAUCCCUGAUUACACUGCUGAUGUUGUUGCUACAGGUGCUCUGCGCUUGCUUGAAGCAGUGAGAUCUCAUAUUGCUGCAACUGGGAGAAGUCAUAUUCGUUACUAUCAGGCUGGAUCAUCUGAAAUGUUCGGAUCCACUGCGCCUCCACAAUCUGAACUUUCACCAUUUCAUCCAAGAUCUCCAUACGCAGCGUCGAAAUGCGCUGCCCAUUGGUACACUGUUAAUUACAGGGAGGCGUACGGGUUGUUUGCCUGUAAUGGGAUAUUGUUUAACCAUGAAUCUCCAAGGCGAGGAGAGAAUUUCGUGACUCGAAAGAUAACAAGGGCUGUCGGAAGGAUCAAGAUUGGGUUGCAAAGCAAACUGUUUCUAGGCAAUUUGAAUGCGUCGAGAGAUUGGGGUUUCGCUGGGGAUUAUGUUGAAGCUAUGUGGAUGAUGUUACAACAAGAGAAGCCUGACGAUUAUGUUGUGGCAACUGAGGAGUCGCAUACUGUGGAGGAGUUUUUACAAGUGGCAUUUGGGUAUGUGGGUCUGAAUUGGAAAGACCAUGUGGUGAUUGACAAGAGGUAUUUCAGGCCUGCUGAAGUUGAUAACUUGAAAGGGGAUUCAAGCAAGGCUAGGAAAGUUCUUGGCUGGAAACCAAAAGUGGGAUUUGAGCAGUUGGUGAAGAUGAUGGUUGAUGAAGAUAUUGAGUUAGCUAAGAGGGAGAAAGUGCUUGUUGAUGCUGGUUAUAUGGAUGCUCAACAGCAACCUUGAUUGGUAAUAAAAUCUAUAUUCAGAUCGAUUUAAGUUAAUCCCAGAUGAUGUUAAGAGCUUACAUAAUACUAGAUAAAAUGGCUUCAUUUUGUUUCAAGUGAAAGAUAAUUUAUCUUGCUGUUAUUCAUCUAAUCUUAAAGUGUAUUUCCUUAUUGUUCAUUUGUUGUUCUGUUUGUCUGCAAAUCUGAGAAUCAAAUUCAUUCAAAUUUCAGA